UGAGAUGUCUUCUGCCUCACACUGUGGCCCACUUCCCAAGAAACACACUCAAGACCACUCAACAUCAAGCCAGAAUCUCAUCUGAACCUAGCAAACUACCACUUGGCACCAUAUCGCUGUUGUCAUUCCACUUUUGAGGGUACGUUCGUUUCGUAAAGUGGGGUGAAAAUGAAAGUGUCCUGCUAACACUCUGAGGUGAAAGUCUACGUGGUCAAAUGAGCAUACAUGUGUGGUGCACCCGUGAGAUUGUGACGACUCUGCAUCAAGUGUGAAGACACCAGAACAAGAAGAGGAAGAAGUGAGGUAGGGUGUGACGAAGCACCCCUUUGUCCAAGGAGAACAAGAGCUUGAGAAGACAAUCCGAGGAAGAUGCACUGGCUGUUUUGUGUUUACCUUCUCCUCCUGGCUUUCCCGUGCACGUGCUUCCUCCCCAACUUUUGGUCUCGGGUGUUGACGCUGUCCUGGGAUUCGUACACACACCAGCACAUCACUGAGCGAGCCAUCCUCAAUGUCACGCUUGACACUUUGAAGGACAUCCAGAAAGACAAAGGAGACCAUGCUGAGGACGAGACCAGACUGGGACGAGCCUUUUGGAGAGCUGUGGGGGAGGUGGUGAAGUCCAAUGCAGAAAUGGACUUCCUGAGCUCCACCAGGUCCGACCCUGUGUACCACUUUGAUUCUGAGCAAAUGGACAGUGCCAUGGCAAUGCUGCGCAGGUUCUGGACUCAAACCUUGUUGUCAGUGCGGGCCAAUGAGUACCAAAGUGCCCGCCACAGCUUGGGUCAGCUAUUUCACUCCUUGCAGGACUUCUAUAGCCACAGUAACUGGGUGGAGUUGGGUCAGCGCUCAAUUUACCGCCACCUGCUGCAGCCCGAGGAGCCCGCUCUCCCUGUUGCUGAAGGUGACACUCCCACCUGUAUGGAGUGUUUUAGCGUCACCUGCCGGAACAACCUCCUCCCGAGACUGACAAACAUGGAGCGAGACGCCCGGUUGCUUACAACCGGUUACUUCAGCAAUGUCCCUCCUAAACCUGAAGGCAAAUGCAGCCAUGGAGGCAUUCUGGACAGCAGUCGCUCUAUGGGGGCAAAAGGGGGCAUCAACAAGGACAGCACCUCGCCUGUCUUCUCCCCUCAUCAUUACCUCCACGUGGAAGCCGCCAUGCUGGCAUCUGAAGCCACGCUGACUGUACUGCGAGACCUCAGGGACACAGUGGGACACAAAGCCUUCCUCAGGCUUUUCAGCGUGAAGCAGGUCCCCGCACUGGUCUUCGUCAUGGACACCACAGGAAGCAUGUUUGAGGAAAUCACAGCGGCUCGCCUCCGGGCUCACGCCAUCAUCCAGAAUCGAGCGAGUCUCCCAGGACAAUCGGGCACCUUUGUAUUGGUACCCUUCCAUGACCCCGAGGUGGGACCAAUGUACGAGACAGAUGACCCCGACCAGUUCAUGCAACACAUGGAGAACCUGCUAGCGCUGGGUGGAGGAGACGAACCAGAAAUGUGCUUCACAGCCAUCCAGCUGGCUCUCACUCACAGCCCGCCGAUGUCCAAGAUCUUCGUGUUCACCGACGCCUCACCCAAAGACGCCCACUUGUUUGACGUGGUGAAGGCCCUGGCGCUUGCCAAACAGAGCAAAGUGACCUUUCUCCUGACUGAAGACCCCAAAUAUGCCACUGAGAGUUCAGGAAGGAGGAGGAAGAAGAGGAAAAGGAGGAGUCGGGAACCUUUGCCCCCUGAUCGCUUCUCCCUUUACUCAUCUCUGUCCUCUUUAUCUGGAGGACUGACAAUAUUCACUAGCAACUCUGACAUCCACAGUGUCUCCUCCAUAGUGGAGGACAACACAGCGGCUGACAAGGUGACUCUCCUCCAUGUCAAGUCGGACCAGGACCAGAUGUCAUCACACUCCUUUCGAGUUGACAGCUCUGUAAAAAACGUCACCUUACACAUCACUGGCCUUCUGACAGAAUGCAUCCUCACUGAUCCUUCAGGCCAAAGCCAGUCUCUGCUGAGCAAGCAAGGCUCCCUGGCUGAUAUAGAGCCCUUCACUGGUCUGUACUGUGUUCGUCUACUGCCUCCUAUCCAGCCGGGCCAGUGGAACCUGCAAGCCAAGGCUGAUGGACACAUAACAUUCAACAUAAUAGCUGACAGCAAUGUGGAUUUCCUGUAUUAUUUUGCCACUGUAACCAAUGAGACGCACCCUGGACUGGCCAGAGUGGAGGGCAGCCCUAUAGCAGGUGUUCCUGCCUUCCUGGUGCUGGCAGUGAUGGGCCUGGCUCCUCACCAGGAGGUUUCUUUCAGUCAUGUGACACUACUGGGAGCAGAAGGGGAGAGCCUCAAGCAGGUGCUGUUGAACUCCUCCUCCGCAUCAUCUCCAUCAUCAAGCUACGCUGCUGAGGAGCUGGUUGGGUGGCUGGACUCCAUUCCUAGAGUGCCCUUCUGCGUUCGACUCACGGGACGUGAUGGCGAGGGAAACAAGCUGGAGAGGGUUGCCACGGAAAUGGUACAGCCCACUCAUGUCCGGAUACAGGUUCUAUCUGCCCCCCCUUUGGUACCUGGUCACAGCACCAUGGUGAAGUUCAACAUCCUAAACCAUGGCCCGGACAGACUAUUCACAUUAAUGGCUGAUGGUGACCCUGAGUAUCUACAUAGCAAAGGACCUCAUAGGUUCCAUGUUGGUGCGCACAAGCUUUUCCACAGUCAGGUGGGCCUUCACACGCCCUCCACGGCUCAGGCCGGUGCGACUGUCACACUGACGCUCUCAGUGCACGCUCUCGAUUCUGCCGACACAAAUUAUGCCGUGGUCUACUUGACAGUGGUUCCUCCAGACCCUGACACCUCCCCUCCAUCCUGCUCUAUCACACAAGUGCCGUCCUCCUGUCCUCCUGUCUGCAACGAGUCCACCUGGGGCGUGUCUCUGGCUGUGUCAGACAAGGGGCGCUCUGGCCUCGCUGCCCUCCAACUACAGCGGGGCCAAGGCACAUUGACUUUAUUCCGCAAUCCACUGCCCACAGGGGACAAAACAGGCGAGGGUCAGCACCACCAUCAUCAGCACGAGGUCACCUUAAUGGAAGGAGACACCCCCUUCAAUGUGUCCGAGUGGGUUGUGGGCUCCUCUCAGCCAUUGUGGGUGAGCUACAUAUCCAGCUGCUGCUCCGCUCAGGCUGAGCUGCUGGUGUGGGAUGCAGCUGGAAACAUGAAGCGCUGCCAUCUUGCAUCUGGUCAGCAGAAGCAGCUUAGCGAUACAAGGACUGAACAUAGCGGAAGUGGACCUGUGACACUCUCUGGCUUCUUUUUCUUCACGUGGCUUCUUCUAUGCUUUGAGAUACUUUAGCUUCAAAGCGGUUUCUCCUGUUUUUUGCAGGUCAAAUAACAGAUGUGUGACAAGGAUAUUGGAUUUGUACCUU